AUGAUGAUGAGACUGGUUGCUCCUCUUUCCAUUGGAAGUGCGCUUGCUGCCUUCAGAUAUCGUCGAAGUGAAAAGGUCGAAGACACACUUCAGGCUAUUACAUUGCUCAAUCAGAAUACAAAUACUGGGGCAGCUAUUGAGUAUCUCGAAAAAACAAAUGCUAAUAUGCAACUACUUAAUUUGAAUACGGAAGCUCGACUUCGACUUGCAUUACGUGGAAGCUGUUUAUGUGAUCAAGUUCCCACGACUUCGACAGAUGAAUUGAGUGACUCAAUCAGUAUGCUGGAGGAAUCUAUCAAAAAGCUUGUGAUCGAUGAUGAGUGGGAACAAACAGUGAAAUGGUUGGUUCCGCGUAUGCUUGAUGAAGAUGAUCCUGCUUCUUAUAAGUACUUUUUGAAAAGGCAUCGAUCUCAGGAUAUGCGUCUAAACCAUUUUCUUUUUCAUCUUGUUGCCAAAACCGAAACAGAAUAUGGACGGGAACUCAUUAAUCAAGGCAUUAUUACUACAUUGAUGGGCCUUUGCAACUACUAUGAAGGGAAAAAUCGCAGCAUUUAUUUGAGUGCAUUGAAAGUAUUGGCAAACAUUGUAGCACAGGAUGAAUAUUGUGCAACAGCAGUUGUUAAUUCAGAAUGGCUUCCAAAGUUAGCUGCUAUGGUUAAUUCCCAUGUCCUGGAAGAAAUGCUGAUGGCCGAAAAAAUUUGCAGCAAUGGUUUAAGUGUUUUUGAUAAGAAUAGAAAUACUCUGAGAUCUAAUAUUUAUGAACUUUAUCGACCGGAAGAUGGUACACCGCCACUAUUUGAUCUGGUGCUAGUUCAUGGUAUUCGUGGCAGUGUUUUCUGGACGUGGCGAGAACGAGAUGAUCCAAGGAAAACAAUGCGUACUCGGUGUUGGCCAAGGGCAUGGCUGCCGCAAGAUGUUCGUGUUCCAAUGAGGAUAAUUGCCAUCGAUUAUUUGUCUUCUCUUGUGCAUUUUACAGGAAUUGUUGAAACAAUGAAUUCUAGAGCUCAAAAAUUCACGAAAGAUCUCAAAGCAGCUGGUAUUGGUGAUCGACCUGUCUUGUUUAUAUGUCAUAGUAUGGGUGGUCUGUUAGUUAAACGUAUUUUACUAGAUGAUCCAGAUAUUCUGUCUAGAACUAAAGGAAUAUUGUUCAUUGCUACACCGCAUAGGGGUAGUCCUUACGCGAUCUAUGCUCCUUUAGGUGUACGACCAUCUGAUGAUGUGAAGCUUUUACAUCAACAAAGUGCGAUAAAUAAGCAGCUUCAUGAAGAUUUUCUUGAAAUUACUGAUGCUAUUCCUAUAAUAAGUUCUAUCGCCGAAACAGAAAAAGCACCUCUUAUUAUGCGCCAAAGAGGUGUAUUGGUACCACCAGAAAGUGCCUAUCUGGAGCGUGGUUCAUUUUAUCAAAUAAACGAUGUAAUACAUCAUAAUGUUUGUAAGCCUACAGAUCAGAAGGACCGUAUAUACGGUAUAAUUUUACUAUUUUUAAAUGAUGUAAUUCAUUAUAUUUUGAAAAGCAUGGGUUGA